AUGGUCGCGCGAAGCUAUGAAACGCCAAUCAUUGUCUCUUUAGUCUUUUCUAUAAUAGCUGGAAUUGUUUCUCUGGGGUCUGUCUUUGGUUCAUGUCUAAUAAGACGGCCGACGCAUAAUCCAAAAGCAAUACCGUUUAAAUCUCUCUUCAUCCUCCUUCUAAGUCAAACAAUACAUAUAGCAUUUACUAUUUAUUCGCUAUUCAGAAUUCUGAGAGACGCACCACCAGAAACCGCUGAAGCCAUGAAAAUCAUCCCUCAGAUCUGCAAAUAUCUGCAGAGUAUACUUAUCCUGAAUGUAUUAUACCGGCUUAUACAUGCCUACCAGGCGCAAAAUUGUAACGAUAUUACAAAGACGAUUCUUCGGUCACAAAUGCACGGCAGUACUUUGGUGAGCCUCGUUAUUAUAUCCAUCCCACAUUUCAUUACCUGGUUAUUGUCACAACUUGGAUACGACACAGACUAUCAGCAUUCGACUUAUGGGCUCCAACUUGCGUUCGACGGUAUCGUUAUGAUCGCUUCUCUACAUAUUUCGUUCAAGAUAUUCACAAUCAUCCAAAAGCUAAACAAUGCCCGACGUUUUUCUAUGAAUGGAGCUUCCUCUCUAGCUGUUGGGUGGUUCUUCUUUUUCACCUACAGUCUAUCUCUUCUCAUUGGUGAUAGCAAGGGGCAGGGAACACCUAUGACGGACAACAUGAAUUAUGAAGAAAUAGUGCCGUUUAUCUGCAUAACAGGGCAAUCCAUAGGCAUUGUCCAUUGUUGCAUGCAGGUGCAUAAAUUAGGCAUCUAUGGCUUAUUCAGGCCAUCUUCUGCGAACGAUGAGCGGGCGCACAUACUUACGGGCUCUAACGAGGAAAUGCUCUAG